AUACACUUCCGGUGACGUGGCUCCUCUGGAAAAGGGGAAGCCGUGGCAGGAAAGUUAGCUGCAGAAUCAGCUGGAGAGUGGAACAGCAGCGCUAGCCUACCUCACUGAGCUGGAUGGCAGGGACACACUGGUGGAAGAACUUCAGGAAUCACAACAGGGUGCUCUCUGGAACGAGGGACGGAUGAAAUCAGGAGGUGGUAGGCCCAGCUGGGCGUUGGCUGCACUGUUCACUGGUGCUGCCCUGCUGGUCAUCUCCUCCAGAGGGGCGUCCAGUGGGAAGAUGAUGUCCCAGGCAGCCAUGGCUCAUGCCACAGCCACAGCUGCUGGAUCAGGCCCAGGGCUUCCAGAUGAGUUCCUAGGCUUCCAGGCCUUAGCUGACUUCUUUGCAAGUGAACGUGCUGAUGUCUGGCUCUGCUCUUUGGUUGGGUCUGUUGCUGUAGGCCUCACUGGAAUUUUCCCCCUUCUUGUUAUUCCUAUUGAGGCAGGAGCGGCCCUCGAGACAGCGGCUGGCUGUCGGAAGCUAAAGCAGCUUCUGAGCUUUGCCAUUGGUGGUCUCUUGGGUGACGUGUUCCUCCACUUGCUCCCGGAGGCUUGGGCACAUUCCCACUCCUGCAGCCCAGACGAGAGCCAGCUCCACUACAGGACCCAGGGCCUGUGGGUUAUCAUGGGCAUGCUGUCUUUCCUUCUCCUGGAGAAGAUGUUCCCAGACGAGAACAGUCAGGAGGACUCCAUUGGUAACAGCCAGCAUGUCCCUACCUCUCAUAGCUCAGACUCCAGUAGUGAGGCGUUGUCCCACAUCAAUGGGCACCAUUCUGAUACGUGGAGCUCGCCCUGCAAGACAAAAAGCAGCUUGCAGCAAGUGCCAAAGAAAAUAAAGACAAGCGGGUACCUGAACCUGCUGGCUAACUGCAUUGACAACUUCACCCAUGGCCUGGCUGUGGCAGGGAGCUUCCUGGUCAGCAGGAAGGUUGGGUGUCUCACCACCUUUGCCAUCCUGCUCCAUGAAAUUCCCCAUGAAGUGGGUGACUUUGCCAUCCUGCUGCGUGCAGGGUUUGACCGCUGGAGUGCCGCCCGCAUGCAGCUAUCCACAGCCCUGGGAGGGGUGCUGGGGGCCUGUUUCGCCCUGUGUGCCCAGUCUCCCAGAGGGACAGAAAAUGCAACAGCAUGGAUCUUACCAUUCUCCUCGGGAGGCUUCCUGUACAUAGCCCUGGUCAACGUGGUGCCUGACCUACUGGAGGAGACCAGCCUCGGACACUCCCUGUUGCAGAUCCUGCUCCUGUGCUGUGGCAUUGCCGUCAUGGCCGUCUUGUCUGCCGUAGUGGAUUGAGCUCAAAAGACAAGCCUGCAUUACCAAAAUAUAAUUGAAAACAUCACCGCAACAUUCACUGGUCUGGGACGCAAUCCCCAUUUCUAUAAAGUUAAGUCCUCAGAUUGCAUUCAGUCGCCCUUUUUAUUAUAUUGAACUUUUUUUUUAUACUCCACCUAGUGCCAAAAGAUCCUAUCAACAUGGAUGCGAUCUGACAAUCAGAACGGCACCUUGAAUCAUGAUACCUGCUUUUUCUAUCAGGACUCGAGACCAACUGUGUUCACCUUGUCUGCUGAUCUCCGACUACGGUCUGUGUGGACACUAAUGUGCCAAACCCAGACAGAGACAGACAUUUUGAAAUCGUAAGAGAGUUAAAGAAAGCUUAUUGAAGCUUUCAUGGAAGUGACUGGACUAUCUGAGAGCAUCAGACUAUAAUGGGCAGACACUCAGUCUCAGUCUUUAUUGCACACAUGCACAUACUCAAACAGGUCAUAUCAGACACAUAUGAGAAGCUCAUGCAUACUGUACAAACUUAGUCUCACAUGGCUUUACCAUACUAAAAUGCGUACACAUUUCCUUACAUUCUUCAAAUUGUAUGCUCAUGUGCUGCUUUCUAUUUGUCUCUUUCAGGCUAAUUUAUAUUUAUUGUGUCUUAUUGGUUUCUGUAUCUGCUUGUACUGCCUAGUAUUUAUUGAAUUAUUUCAGAAAGUAACAUGGUGCAAUGUUUUUGUCAAAUUCUGUUGUGACAUCCAUCACGCACCAUUGCGUUUUCUGUAGGGUUAAUCUGUUACAUUGAUGUAUAUUCAAGCAAAAAGAGCAUGUAUUUUUCAAUUGCAUACAAUGCUAAUUUGUUAAGAGACAGUCAGACAGAUAUAUUUGAAACUCCUUAAUUAUGAGAGCUUAAUUUCAGGAAAAUAUGAUUUAGAAAUGUUAUAAUAAUAUUAUGCAAAAUAUUUUUGUGGUCUUGAUUUGACUAUAUAGUGCUUUCAGAAAGUAUUCACACCCCUUGACUUUUUCCAUGUUUUUUACAAAGUGGGAUUGAAAACAUGUUUUUUUUUUUUUAGUAAGCAAUCUACAAUACUCACGUCAAAGUUUUUUAAAUAAAUAAUUUUUAAAAAUA